AUGGCUCGCCACCACCGCUCGAAGCACAGCAGGGAGAAGCCGUUCCAGUGCGAGCACUGCGGGCACGCGUUCAGUCGCAGCGACCUUCUGCGGCGACACUACAAGACGUGCGCCCAGGCCAAGGCGGCGAGGGGCGAGGGCGAGGCCACCGCCGGCUCGUCGACUGGGUCGCCCGCCGUCGAGUCGCCGCCUGUCGCCUCGACGUCGGCCAUGUCGCUCGAUUUGCCUCCUCCGCCGUCGAACGAGGCGUUCACGAGACGGGCGAGCUACUCGUGGUACAACCAGGCGCCGCCGCCGCAGCAGCAGGAGGAGCCCGCCCUCCCCGUUCCGCCUGCUCGCUUCCUCGACCAUCACACCAACGCCAACGUGCCGCAGUACCCUUCCGCACCCCAACCCCCGCCGCUCUACGUCCCCCACCGCGCAUACUACCCUACGCCGUCGACCAUCUCCGACUCGCACACCCCGUCGUCCGCGUCGCCCUACUCGGUCCCGACGACCGCCUCGACCACCGCCACGACGCCCGACGUCAACAACGCCCAGCUCCCCAGCCCGCCUGCCCUGAGCGUCAUGGAUCGCGUCGCUGUGGCGACUGCGGCCGCGCAACCUCGUGCGCAAGAAGCGGCCCGAGCGCCGCCGCCGCCCGGCGCACCGCCGACCGCGCUGCCGGCCAUGCCCGUCCUCGCCGCCGCCGGCUCCUCCGCCGGGCAGUACCCGGGUUACCUCCAGCCGACGUCGGCGUUCAAGGAGGGCGUCGCGCAGCACGACACACUCGCGCCGGGCCUGUCGCGCACGGGCAGCUUCACCAAGGACGAGGUGCUCGCGUCCGAGGUCCUGCAGGACCUCAUGCGCACACCGUUCGGCGCACCGACGUCGACGCCGGCGAGCCCGGGCUACCCGUGGCACGGCGCCAAAGCGGCGCAGCGCGCCGACGAGCGGCCCGAGGCGGCCGCGUCGAACGAGGCCGUCGCGCUCGUCGACACGUCCAACAGCGACUGGGCGUUCGCGCCGUUCAGCUACGGCGGCGGUGUCGGCGGGACGGUCGGCGCGUACGGCGGGUACGCCGCCGGGCCCGUGUCGAACAAGCUCGAGGAGACGCCGGCGGCGCAACAGCUCGCCGAGUACUUCAACAAGGGCGGCGUCGGCGGCAUCACGGCGCUCGAUCUCGGGUUCCCGACCGAGCCGUCCAUCUUCCCCGACUGGCUCAUCAAUCCCAAGCCCGUCCACGUCGAGCCCGACAUGCAGCGCUGGUGGCUCCCCGAACAGAAGUUCUGCCUCGGCUACCUGUACCCGUGGCACGUGCCGCCCCUGCCCGUCCUGUCGGGCUACGCUCGCAAGGCGACCGAGGAGCUCUUGGCGGCCGUCCCGAUCCUGCACGGCCCGUCGGCCGUCAUGAACGAGCUGCCGACGCACAUGGCGUUCGCGCUCACCGUCGCCGGCGGCGCGUACGAGCCCGAGGGCCAGAGCUUCAGCAACGAGAUGCUCGUCGAGAAGCGCGUCUUCCUCGUUCGAGGCUUCCAGGAGCACGAGAAGAGCUGGGAGGACCGGUUCGCGUCGCUGCAGUCGCUCCUGCUGUACCAGCUCCUCGGCCUCUUCCACCGCGACGAGCAACAGCGCCUCUUGUCGCACUCGUUCCAUUCGGCCCUGAUCUACAUGUUGCGCGCGCUCGACCUGCCUGGCCUCGUCGCCCGCGCCUUGCCGGUCCGGCCCGUGCCCGGCAUGCACGGCGAGGUCCUCGAGAAGUGUUGGCGAGCUUGGCUCGAGAUCGAGACUCGCAGGCGGGUCUGCUUCAUCAUCUUCCUCGUCGACCUCGAGCACGCCGCCGCGACCAACUCGCCGCAGCUCCUGUCGCUCAGCGACCUCAACAUCGACCUGCCGGCGUCCGAGCGCGCGUGGAAGGCCGAGAACGCCGCCGAGUGGCUCGAGCGCAGCAGCUCGGCGCUGUACCCUCGCGCCAUCCCGUUCCUCGCCGCCGUGCGCGCCCUCCUGUCGCCGACGCCGCCCGAGCCGUUCUCGGCCGCAGGCGUCCUCCUCGCCGAGCUCGGCCGCCUGUCAUCGUUCCCGCUCCUCGUCCUGUCGCGCACCCUGUCGUACCUCGAGCGCAAGACGCAGGAGGCGCUCGAGCAGAUCGACCCGUUCAAGAACCUGCUCGGCGGCCUCGGCGUGUACGAGGGCCGCGAGAGCGAGAACCGCGCCGUCCUCGAGCGCAUUCGGCGAGGGCGCGAGAUCCUGCGCUCGCUUCCCGGCGGCAUUGCCCGCGGCGGCGGCGAGGGCUGGUGGAACGAGAUCAUCCCCUCGGCCAAGGACUUUGUGCCCGCCGAGACGGGCGUGCCGCGCUCGGCGAGCUCGCCGAAACGGAGCACGAGCAUGGCAUCGUCGGCGUCGUCGUCGUCUCGCGGUGCGUCGUCGUCGAGGUCGAGCCACUCGACCCUGCCGUCGCCGCCGACGCCAGCCCCGGGCUCGCUCGAAGAGCUCCUCGCCGAGUUCGACGAGCAGCCGUACACGCCCUAUGCCGGCGAAGGCGGCGCCAACCCAGGCGAGACGUACGAGCAGGCGCAGGAGCGCGCGCGCAAGCACGCCGAGCGACGCGUCAAGGACAUGCGGCAGAUGAUGCCCGAGGCGUUCGCGCUGCCUUGAGCCUCUCUUUCUUCCCUCCUCUCUCUACCCCCCUCUCCCUCUCUCUCCGUCAUUCACUCGCGUCUUCUAUCAGUGCCCGUUUGUCCGCCUCUGUAGCUCUCAUUCAGCUUGCCUUGCACGUGCCCUUUCUCUCA